AAUAAUUAUUUUUAGUAAUUACCAAUAGUGUCCACUGCCUUAUCAUGCAGCAGGUGCAUCAAUUAAUUAAUACAACUCAUUAACUUUGCGCGGGAGGCUCUACAAUCCGCCGACAGAGGGCGCGAUUCCUAUUUAAUUACCUAGUCAGAUACCCUAAACCAAAUUCAACGCUGAACGUACGGAUGAAGUCAAGUUUGAUAAAUCACGUGCUUCCCUUUCAGAAACGCACGCUGCUUUGAAACGGAAUUUCUCAAAAACAGGGACGGAGAGGUCAUUUGCUUCUUCGAGAGAAUUUUGCCCGCAAUGUGGCUCCAUUUUACCUUUUUCUGAAAGUGGAACGGUAGUUAUGAAAAGCAAGACAUGUCCUUACAAAGUAAAUGCAAAAACUGCAUUACAUGGUGUGGUCUAUCAAUAAUCAUUCAUACCUGCGACUCAACUCUUGCAAAAAUGUUGAAGGUCGUCACAAGGUCAUCAGCCAGAAAGGCCUAGGAUCACUGAUAGACAGGGCAUGUGCCAAGUGCGGUCACGAUGGACUUCAUUUCCACACCAGGCAAGCACGAUCAGCUGAUAAAGAACAAAUCGUUUUCUAUUUCUGCCAUCAUGCAAGCAUCAAGAGAUUGAGUACUCCUGAAGAGAAUCAACAUCUUCGGAUCGGUCUACACUGAGAGGAACUCAAGGCAAAAGCUCACUGAAACAAGGAAAUGAAAUCUCCACCUACGACGACGACCACCUGAUGCCAGAGAGAUGUCUUACUGAUGGGGAGGCCGAGCAUCCAUCCCUCUGUAGUAAUCACAG